GAUAACAGUGCUUUGCUCACAAAACAACACAAAUCUUCGUUUUCUGCCUCGUCAAGGCAAAGCAUACAAGAAGACAGAGCAUUGCGUAAUCUGUCUGGACGACGUUGAUUCCGACCUAAUGUUCAACGUCGAAAGAUGCGGUCAUCGGUUUUGCAUUAACUAUGUGAAACAACACAUAGAGGUGAAGCUGGUUGAUGGCAAGAUACCUAACUGUCAUCAACACGGAUGCGUCUUCCAUCUCUCUAUCGACAGAUGCGGCGAUCUUUUGACGUUCAACGAAAGAUCGGUGUGGCUGCAGAGGAUUAAAGAGAACUCGAUUCCUUUGGCGGAGAGAGUCUAUUGCCCUUAUGAGAGUUGCUCUCACUUAAUGUCCAUGACCGAGCUUUCUCGUAGGGGAUCGUACUCUGGAUUCGGGAGAUGCUUUAAAUGCCAUGGGGAUAUCUGUUUCCACUGCAGAGUUCCAUGGCAUUUUAAUUUAUCGUGCAACGAUUACAAGAGGCUGUUUCCUAGUAAGUAUCGAGAAGAUGGUGUUGAUGAUGCAAAGCUGAAAUCUUUGGCGAGUCUUAAUGGGUGGCGGCAAUGUCCCAAGUGCUACCACAUGGUUGGACGCUCUUACGGAUGCAACCGCAUAACUUGCAGGUGCGGGAAUGCGUUUUGCUACAAGUGUGGCUACCUAUGGAGGAGACUGCAACCAAGAGUUCAUUUUUGAUUACUCUUGUACUAUUACUUUUCGUCUUUUUAUCCCACCUCCUUUAAUAAGACUAUCUCGGUCUUAAAUUGUUAUUAGUCGGAUCCC